AUGAAAGAAGAUCUUGACAUGUCGAGCCAGUUCUCGGAAUAUCCGGGGUACUGUGAUUCCAGUGAUGAAAGUGUAAUUACUGACCAGAGAAGUGAUCCACGCGCUGUUUCUUCGCCGAUAUCCAGUGCUUUUUCUAUAGACAGCAUACUUGGGAAGAAAGAUCACCGGAAAAAUGAAUCCGAAGUUGAAUUUAAUGACAAAAGUGAUAAAAGUUAUCAGGAAUUUAAGGAACAAGCUCAUGUUAUACGACCGCUAGCAAUAUCUUCUAAUCCUGCGAAUUAUUUUUAUGAACAUGGUGCAAAUGAAAGUUAUCCAGCCUUUGAAGGAUUAGGAGAUCCUGGAUAUUCAGCUUCAUUAGCCUCAGCUUCUUUUAUCUAUACAAAUUGGUUUAGUCAAAAUAAAACAAACCCAUUAUUUGGGCUUCAAGCUCCAAAACCAAGUGGAAGAAGAUCGAGAAAACCUGGAAUAGAUCGCAAACCAAGACAAGCUUAUAGUGCCAAACAAUUGGAACGACUUGAAGCUGAGUUUAAGGUUGACAAAUAUUUGAGCGUAAGCAAACGAAUGGAAUUAUCAAAAACAUUGAGCUUAACAGAAGUACAAAUAAAAACAUGGUUUCAAAAUAGGCGAACAAAGUGGAAAAAACAGCUGACUUCUCGAUUAAAAAUAGCACAAAGACAAGGUACUUUUCCACCUGCAUAUCUUACACCUACGCAAUAUCCUCUGCUACCUUACUACGUGUCACCUUUGAUAUUCAAUUCUUCUUCUUCUGACGAGAUCAUGUCUUCCUCAAUUGUAGUCAAUCAGCCAAUCUCCGAGGAAAGGCUCUAA